GUCUUUCCUUCCUAGAUGUUAGCCAGGCACAGUGUAUCUGAGAGCAUUUUGUCUGCUGUGUCCUAAAAGGUUAUCAGAAAGGAAGUGUAGAAGUUAUUGCACUUACAGUACUCAACUUAGAAAAAGGACGAGAGAGCUGAAAGAUGGUCGCAUACAGAAAAACAACUUAUUUCUACAUCAUCUGGUUUUUCCAUAUUUUAGGUCCUGAAUGCUUUAGUGAUGGAUCAUACAGUUAUGAUACAAGACAUCUUUCAGUAAAGAGUGGAGGAUCAGUCACUAUCCCAUGUUAUUAUGACAGGAAAUACACACAACAGAUGAAAUUCUGGUACUCAGAAUACGAUAACAUUCGCAUUUACACAAACACUACAGCUGGAGAUGUGAUAGUAAUUGAUGAUCCUGCUCAGAGUCUUUUUACUGUGACUAUGAGAAACCUGAAGGGUGGACACAAUGGGACUUAUUAUUGUGCUGUAGAGACUGGUGAACAACCAGGAGACAUGACCACCACAGAUGACCUUUAUCUCCAUGUUCAACCUGCUCCUGAUGUCUCUGUGAUGUCCAGCAGUGUAACUGUAGAUGAAGGUGGUAAUAUCAGUGUACAGUGUCUCUACAGCAAUAAAUAUAAGAAUAAACACAAACAGUGGUGCAGAUAUAAAGACAAGAGCUGUUACACAUCCCAGAAUGCAUCAAUUGAGAUCAGUGAUGAUGGGAGAGGAUCUUUGACUGUGGUGAUGUCUGGAUUGAUGAAGAGUGAUUCUGGCUGGUAUUACUGUUCUGUAAAUGUUCAACAGCCUCCUGUUCAAGAUCUACUGGUUCCUGUACAAAUCACAGUCAAAGCUGCUGCAACCCCAGACAACAGCACUGAAAGCAAAACUGAAACAGAAAAUAAUACAAAAAAUACUAUACCAGCAUUUAAUGAACAACAACCGAGUGCAGUGCCGCUGUGGAUUCCAGUUACUGCCGGGGUCCUACUGCUUAUGAUUCUGGUUGGUGUUUUUAUCUGGAAAUGGAAAAGGAGAUCCGAUUCCAACGUAGACACAACUAACUGUGUUGUUGAAGAUCCAUCUGGGCAUAAAGCACAGGUUACAGCAGAUGGCACCCUGUACAGCACUGUAGAACCUCACUACCAGAACCCACAGAAACAAUAAGUCAUCAUAGCACCUAUUUUUCUUGUUUCUUAAUUUUCUUAAAUCUCAAGACUUUUUAAACAGCUCAGCAGCUCUGCUUAACCAACAACAUCUCUAAUCUGUAUUAUAAUGCAUUAUAUCUAUUUCAAACACCACCACUAAGAAUGCCCUCAUGCAUGAUUGCUUCAUUUAUUUCAACCUGUUCAUUGGUUAGGAUUGGAAACUGUAGACAUAACUUUUAAUUUGCACACAUGUCUUUUUUGUAGUUCAUAACUGGGAUAGAAAAUUUUAUUGUUCAUCAGUACUUCUUUUAUCAUAUUUAACUGCAUCUCUGUGAUUGUGUUUUUCCUUACUAUAAAAUCCCUUUCUUUUAA